AUGGCCGCCUUCUCCCCGUACGCCCCGCGCAGGCGCCGUUCUCCACGCGUGGUCAUCACCUGGGUGGGCGUCUGGCUGCUCGUCGUCACGUUGACGUGGUGGUUCGCGACGCGGCGCUCGGCGGGGGCAGCCGAGAUGGCUUCGUACGCGGACGCCGUCAUCAAGGGGAAGGAAAUCCCUCCGGAGGCCGGCGGUGACUGA